GGCUAGGCAGAGCCGCGCUGGACUGGGCUGGGCUGGGCGACGGCGGCAGCGGUCCCCGGCAGCAUGGGCGGCUCUGCCUCCAGCCCGCUGGACGAGAGCAAGUGCACCUACAUCCGAGGAAAAACAGAAGCUGUCAUCAAAAACUUCAGCCCGCAUUACAGACGCCAGUAUGCCGUGGCUUUCUGCAAACACGUGCAGGAUGAGCUGGAGCAGCACCGGGAUUACCAAUCCCGUUUCCUGAAAACCAAGCCCCCAGCAGAAGCUGGAAUGGUCUUAUAUGAAGCAGAGCUGCUUCAUUUUGCUGAGGAUCUGAAGAAGUGGAAGGACAGAUAUGUCGUUAUCAAAAAUGACUACACCGUGGAUUGCUUUGAGACUAAAGAGGCCUACCAGAAAGGAGCCAGCCCUAAAUAUCAUGUUCUUCCUGCAGGAGGCAAAGUACUGACUUCAGAAGAAGAUUACAAUUUGCUGUCUGAUAAACAUUUUCCAGAUCCUGUUGGGUCGAGUGAGAAGGAUGUCGCUCAAGCCUUCGUUCAGCUGCCGAGGGAGUUCCCAGUUUACCUGUGGCAGCCCUUCACCCGGCACAGCUGCUAUUGCUUCCCAGAGCCAGAAGCUCAGAGGCAGUUCAGCGCUGUGCUGGGGGACUGUGUGAGACACUCAAACCAUGAUUUUCUCAAGCAGACCACAUAUGAAGUUGAGGCGUUCUUAGAAGCCAUUCAGUUCUUCCGGCAGGAGAAAGGCCACUAUGGAACAUGGGAAAUGAUAACCGGCAAUGAAAAAGAGAUCCUGAGCAAUCUUGUGAUGGAGGAACUCCUGCCUAACCUUCAGACGAUGAUUCUACCUAAAAUGAAAGGAAAGAGGAAUGACAGGAAGCGAGCCUGGUUUGGUAUUGUAGAAGAAACUUAUGGCCUAGUCCUGCAGCAGGUGGCAGAAGGAUUAAGUACCUUGAAAGAAGAAUGCAGAGAUUUUGCAAAAACCCUUGAAGGAACCAUUCGUUCAGACAUGGAUCAAAUUCUGAACUCCAAAAACUUCUUAGCUGGAAAAAUCAAAGCCACUGUUUCUGAGCCUGCCCAGAAGUGCUGCACAGAAAAUAUCCAGCCAUUUCUCACAUCCAUAUUAGAGGAGCUCAUGGGUCCGGUGAGUUCUGGAUUUGCUGAAGUCCGCUCACUUUUUGAUAAAGAAGUUAAUGAAAUCAUCCAGGACUUUCAGAAGACAAAUGAUAUCACAAAGCUAAAGGAGAAUGUGGAUCAGCUUAUGAACCUACCAUUCAACUCUGCGAAAAUGGAGCCCUGCUAUCUGAAAGUGAACCUCCUGCAGGAGCUCCUUCAAGACCUCAAGAGUCGCUUCAAGGUCUAUCACAUUGAUUUUGUGAUUCAGAGGACACAGAACUUCAUGCAAGAGCUGAUGGAAAAUGCAGUUUAUACUUUUGAGCAGUUGUUCUCUCCAAGUCGCCAGGCAGACUCAGCAAAAGUUGCAACAACUAUUGAAAAAGUCAAGCUGAGAGUUUUGAAGCAAUAUGAUUAUGACAGCAGCACUAUCCGGAAGAAGAUAUUUCAAGAAGCACUGGUACAGAUUACUUUGCCCACAAUGCAAAAGACACUGGCUUCAACGUGCAAACCAGAGCUACAGAAAUACGAGCAGUACAUUUUUGCUGAUUACACCAGUGUGAUCCAAGUAGAGAACGUAUAUGAAGAGAUUUUAUAUCAGACACUGCUUGAAGAAACCUUGAAAGUGAUAAAAGAAGCUGCCAUUAUGAAGAAGCACAACCUCUUUGAAGAUAACUUGAAUUUGCCCUCUGAAAGCGUGUCCAGCUUAACAGACCUGAAGACCCCUUCAGGAUCAGCACAAACCACACCUGCGAAGAAGCCUUCCACUGCCCGAGCCGAGAUGUCAGACACAGAAACUCAAAGUGAUGAAACACUCAUUGUGAUGGAAAAAAUUUCUUGGGAGAAGAGUGCUGAUGAUAGAAAGUUAUCAGACAAAGAAGCUGUCACUUCUGUUAGUACAGCUAGUGAUCAGGCAAGCAAAACUGAAGACGUGGUCAUUACGGACAUCAGUGAAAAUCUGGAGUCCCUUUCAGCUACCCUUACAAAACAGGAAGUUGCAGAGGAAAAAAGUGCUUUGGAGAAUGAAGACAUGGUGAGAACAGAGUUUGUAGUGAACACUGAGAAGGAGCUUAAGACACAAGUAGCUGUGGAGGAAAAAGUAACUCCUGGGACUGAAACUGCAGUGAAAGAUUCUGGAUCUAGCCCUAAAAAAGAACUUAAGGUAGAUGAAGGAGCAGUGGAGGAGAAGGUAACUUCUGAGAGUCAAAUGGCAAUGGAUGCUGCAUUUGUGGGUGACACUGAAAAAGAAAACAAAGCACAGGAAAAAGUUGCUGAGAUAAAACUGACUUCCCCAAAUGAUAAUGUAGCAGAAGCAGAGAUUUUAGGGAAUGCUGUAAAGAAAAUCAAGGUAGAAAAAGAAAUGAUGGAAAAAUUAUCUCAGAGCAAAAAUGUAGGAACAGGGUUGAGAGAGACUAGUACAAAAGAAAGCAAUGACCAAGGAGCAAAUACUGAGACAAGAGUUAUUUCCCAGAAUGAAAACACAGGGAAAGGAGGGUUUGGGGAUAAUCCUGUGAAAGAAAGCAAGUCAGAAGAAAAGAAUUGUAAAUCCCCUGAUGAUGUGAAUGAGAUAAGGAGUUUGCUGAUGGUAACAGUUGAGAUACCAGCAGAUACUCCAGCUGACAACAUAAAGGAAAUUUGUGAAGGUGAGAUAUUGAAGUUGCAAGAGCACAGCAUGGGGAACAACGAGGUGAGCAAAAUGGCUGCAGCAGAAAUUCAAAUGAGCCUGACGAUGAUGAAUAAAGGUGCAGCAGAAUGCAUGGAGUUCAAGGAGGACCACCCAUCUUCAUCUAGUUUGGGGACAGAUGGCACAAAUUUAGUGAAUGUGUCCAAGGAGGGCUGCAACAUGGCACAAGCAGAAUGGCUGGUGGAGAGCUCAGAUAUGCCUCAGGAGGCAAAGGCAGAGGUGGAGAUCAAGCAAAGCAUUUGGUACACUGGUGUGGGAAGCUGCAAAAGCGAUAGCUUGCAGCCAGAGGAACACACUGAAAAUGUGUCUGAAGGCAAAGGAUUAGAUGAGGAGGAAGGAGGAGCAGGGAAUAGCCAUGCCAUCCUGGUGGAGGUAGGGACUGGGAGCUUUUUUCAUAAUCUUGCUGAAAGUGCAGACAUAAUGCAAGUGCCCGUUUUGGAUGCAGAAAACCCAAGAACAGGACUGCUAGAUGUGCUGGUUUCUUUGGUGCCAGGGCAGGGUGAGUUUAGCACCAUAGAGGUCACAGGAGAUACAGAGGGUGGUGAGGUUGAAGGGAAGCCAGAACAUGAAUCAUCUUCACACACGGAAGUGAAAAGCACAGAAGCAAAAGAAGCAAAAGAUAUUUUCACAGAAGAAAACAGAGAAGAUAGUUACGCACAGCAAAACUCUGAAAAGUAAGAAGCGUUUUUCAGCCCAGCCCUGCAGGAUUUAUUUACUCCAGUAAUCCCUGUUUGCCUGUGAAUGCUUACUUGGGUCUGGGCUAGAGGGAAGAGUCUUUGUUGUGGUGUUACCGGCUCUUGCAGUUUUAGCACAGAUCCCUUCCUGACUGAUGAAUGAUAGUUUCUUUUUGGUUAAAGCCCACACUGUUUAAAACCAGGCUACUGUUGGGGAACCUCAUCUCUCACUUAAAAUUUGCUACCUUUUAUGGUUAUAGAAAAUGUGACUGCUGAAUUCUUCAAAAGCAACUCACCCCCAACUGUAAAGCUAUUUUAACAACUUAACUGUUCUUAGGUGUUUUAGCUCAUGAUUUUUAAAAGCAUGGAUUUGACAAGUACUGCUAUGAUUCUUAGGUGGUUGGUACAUACAUUGCUAUUUGAGGAUGCUUUUAGUAUUUGCAUGCAGUAUACAGGAAAUAAAUGAAACUUUUAGUAAACAGAACCAAAUAGUUAAUGUAGUAGGUUGCUCAAAAGCCAUGCUCUAUGCAAACUCAUUACUUAAUUAUUUUAAAGUUUUGACAGAUACUAAAGACAAGCAAGUGGGGGGUUUUUUUGGGUUGUUUCUUUUUUUUUUUUUUCUCUUAUUGCUAUAUUUAAAAUGGGGAAAAGAUGGGAACAGGUUUCUCAGUCCCACUGCACUUCUGGGUUAUUUAGCCUUCCAGAGCACUUUACAGCUAUUUUAUUUUGUUUUAUUUUAUGGAAGGGAAAGAUGAGAAUGUUUACAGUAACUAUAACUAUUAGACAGCAUCUUUCUGUUUUACUUCCCACCAUAAAAUAUAUUAACUUACGUGAAUCUUAGAAUUAUCUAAUACAGAAUAUUAAGAGUCCUGCCAUUCUCAUUGAGCUACCCAGUUCUGUAGGCCUUUUUAGGUGUGGAAAUUAUGUAAUAAAUUGCAAUAAUUGUGAAACAGCAUAAUCAUUGCAUAUAAUUUCUAAUACAGAAGUUAACUAAAGCAAAAAGUAGCCAAAGGUUAUUCACAUGUGCUUAGAUUUUGGAGGGCAGAAUCACAUAUCAAAAGCAGUCAUUAAAAUGAGACCCACUGCUUUCAUAGCUGGCAUAUUAUCAUCUGUGUCAGAUCAUGAUCUAUGCACAAAGUUUCAUCUAUGGGGUAUUUGCAUGCACAAUUUACAGACUGUGCACAGAAAACCUGGGAAAGGAAAACCAGUAUUUUAAUAAAUUGGGCUUUAGAGUUCAAGACCUCACUUUAGAAGUCAAUUUAAGGCACCUUAAAAUUUUGGACUGGUGUUUCAGACUGUUCCUGAAUAAAUAUAACACAGUACAGGACAACAGAGAUUAAUGAUAAAUACAGUAAGGACUGCACGAUUUACGCCCAUAAAGACAAGGGAAGAAAUAACGAAGUCCUGAGAGCAUAAUACUUGUUGGCAUUUAACUUCAACAAAUUGUACAAAGUCUUACUAUUUAAUGCUAUCAAAAUAUACCAUAAUACUAACAGAGAAUUGACACUAGAGGAACAGGCAAAUAUUACUGCAUAAGUAAAGAACGUUGUUGAGUAACUGGACCAACUGCAACGUCACUAUUGUAAAAUAAACACAACUCCUAUUUAUUCCAGAAGCCAUACUGUGGUACAGAAACAUUAAGGUCACAGAUGUUUUCCUUGCAAAAGUACUUUGACUAGUUUCUUCCUUAUAUUUUAUGCAAAAAUACUAAUUUGUAAACACACAAACCACUGUCAGACAAUUCUUUUACAAAUCAUUAGUUAUUUCAUUGUCAGCUACUUUGUUUUUACUAACCAUUAUCUAUUUGUAAUUGGUACUGAACGUUAAGUGACUUUAUGUGUGCUUUGCAGUUAAGCAGCAACAGUCUCUUUUAGCCAUGCUAAAAUUAGGGGACAUGACAUUUUUUAGUACAGUGUUUUGUAUGAAAGAGGACUAGCAAGACAGCAACUCUCUUCAAAAAAGGCUGCCAUCUCCUACAAAAGCUGUUUACGGCCAGUAUGAAUUAGAUAAAUCUGUAUAGAAAGUAUUUAACAUAAACAUUCCCAUUAUGGUCAUUUUUCUAUGGCAGCCUUAGAUCUGGGUAAUAUUUCCCUGUAAUAUUAAAGAAUUGAGUCGUUGAAUAUGGAAGCUCAGCUUAUUUGUUUUUCUCAAGUGGGAUGGGAAAGAACAGUGAAUAUUUAGCCUGUACAUCGCCUCGUUCUGCAAUUUAAAUUGAAGUUCCUCGUGGCCAGGGGAUUGAUUUUUUGCUUUUGUGGAUAUUUUCUGUGUAUUCAGAUAUUUGCAAAAGGAUAGAGUUGCAUUUUUCCAGUCUGUAACCAGACUUGUGUAGAGGGGACAGCAAUUUAGAGGUCAGCAACCUGCUAGGUUACACCGGAUCAUUGAUCAAAAAUUAUAAUAAUGCACCCGUUCAGUAAUUUUUGUCACCUUCUUGGAAUUUCCUACACUUACCUGGAAGGAAUUAUUUCGCUUGUAAACUCGGAACAAUAAUAAAUCGCCUUUUCCCGCCUGGAGGGUCGGGGGGGGCGGUACCUUGAGAGGAGAGGGCCAGGGGCUGUUACCGCCGUGAGAUUUCACUGUGCUGUCACUUUGGAAGGACAGGGUAUGAAACACAUUGUAUCUCGCUUAUAACUGUAAAAACGCUUGUGGUGAAAAUAAAAGCAGCUCUUCCU